CUGCCUCCGCCCCGCCAUGGAGGCCCGGCGCCCUCUGUGUCCCCUGCGAGCCUGCUGACCCCUACAGCCCCGCAUGGGCUCUGGCCUCGGGUGUCCUCUCACUGCCUGCGGCGGACCCGUCCCCUGCCACUACGGGGGCCUUGGAUAGUGUAGCCUCCGGGGUAGGGGGCCGCCCGUGUAGUCCCCUGCGUGGGUGACUCCGUGCUACCUCCCGGCUUAUUCCUCUCCCAGAGUCGUACAACCCAGCCAGCCCCCGCUCCCAAGUCCUCCCCCACCGACGCCUACUGUGGCUCCUCAUGUGAGCCCAGGACCGAUGUGUUGUCCUGCAGACAGCUCCACCCUCCUGGGCGAACCAUGUCUGCAGCCGCCUGGGUGCCACCUGCUGUGCCAGGCGCACGCCGCUGUCCAAGAGGAGCUGCCGUCCCACUUCACCGUGCUGGCCGGAAAUCACCCAGCCGAGGGAGGGACCCUGAGUCACCUCGUCAGGCUGCAGUUUCCGAUUGUCUUCUCGUGCGCCCCCCCAGGAUGGAGUUCCUGGUUCUCUUCCUGUUCUACCUGGCUGUGGUGCUGACCAGCGUUGUCCUGCUCUGUGUCUGUUCGAAAACUCCCCGCCUGCAAGGCCUGGGCAGAAGAGGAGCACAGGUGUUCUCCUGUGUGAUCCCAGAACGCCUCCAGAGAGCCGUGCAGCGACUCCUUCGUUACCUCUUCCGUACGCGAAACUACAGCUUCCUUGUCGUACACCUGGCCGUGCAAGCGAUGGUCUAUACUGAGUAUACCUCGGAAAUCUUUGGCUACUGUCAAGAGCUGGAGUUCCCCCUGUAUUACCUUCUGCAGCCGUACCUGUUGCUGGCUGUGAACCUGGUUUUCUUCACCCUAACCUGCGUAACCAAUCCUGGCACCGUAACGAGAGGGAAUGAGUCGGCACUGCUGCAGGUGUACGAAUUUGAUGACGUGAUGUUCCCCAAGAACGCGAGGUGCGCUACUUGUGACCUGAGGAAGCCGGCUCGAUCCAAGCACUGCCUACCUGUUCCUGGCCUUCCCGAAGAUCGUCCUGCUGCUGGGCUUUGUCGUCGUGCUGAGCAUCCUCCUGGGCGGCUACCUGUGCUUCGCUCUGUACCUGGCUGUCACCAACCAGACCACCUUCGAGUGGUUCAGACGGGACUGGGCCCGGCGCCAGCACUGCCCCCUUGUGGCCCAGCCCCAAGUCUACCGGAACAUUCACUGCCGUGGGCUGUGGAGCAACCUCCGGGAGAUAUUUCUACCGGUUGUCCCCGACUGUGAGGGAAAGAAGAAAUAGGACUGGGAAGAGUAUGGCUGCCUUUUAAAUAUAUUGUACAUUUAUUUAUACAUGUGGAUACUAAUUUUUUAAGCAUUUGGUUUCUGUUUUAUUUUUUUGAAGAUUAUUUAUUUGAAAGUCAGAGCUACAGAAAGGGAAAGAAAGAGAGAGGUCUUCCACCCGCUGGUUCACUCCCCAGAUGGCCACAAUGGCCAGUGCUGGGCCAGGCUGAAGCCAGGAGCGUCAUCCAGGCCUGCCACGUGGGUAGCAGGGGCCCAAGGACUUGGGCUGUUUUCCCAGGCCAUUGUCAGGGAACUGGAUGGGAAGUGGGGCAGCCAGGAAACGAAGUGGCACCCAGAGGGGCCGUCGCAGGCGAUGGUACCCACUACACAGCGCUGGCCCCUGUCGUGUGUUUAUAAGUGGACCGUGAGUGCAUAAUGAAGGGAACGCUAGUGUUGACUGAGCUGUGGCCAGGUGCUGGGGCGCACAUCUCCCUUGCUACGCGGUUGGAUCCGGCUCCUCUGAAAUCCUGGCGUCAGGGGAAGCCAGAGAGGACUUCUCUGAGGUUCUAAGUGAUACUGAGAUUACCAUCACCUGCCCCUGGCCUCGGCCUCAGCUCCAUCCCAGAGCCUCGCCCCGCUCUCCCUUCCUGGUCAGUUAGGCCUCUGAAACGGGGGACUGUCCUGCCCGCCCUCCACUGGCCUCUGCCAGCCACAUUCAAGUCUUUCCUGUCCUGUCUAGAAACGCCAGAGCUCACCUGUCAGUCAGGGGAGAGAGGUUCACGUGACAGCCAAAGCCAGGAGCCCACAGCAGGGCACUCGGUCCAGGGCUCUCCCACGUGGGUGGCAGGGACCCAAGUCCUGGAACCACCACGCCUGCCUUCCAGGGUUUGCCUUAGCAGGAAGCUGGAGUCCAGGCUUGCCCGUGUGGGCUGUGGGCGUCCCGAGGGGCCCGACAUGCACCCCUAAGUGCUGGGGGUGUUAGGGUGGGAGAGUCUGCAGGAGCAGGAAGCAGGUGGGCUGGACGUGUGGAGCUACGAACAAUAACCCCAGCCCUGGAGGAGCCAUCGUCUGGAGAGGAGUGGGGGACAGGGAAGCUGGGGCCUGGGGUAGGGAGGCUCUGGCCUGUCGCGGCAGCCAGUGAAUUCACGGAUGCCCUGUCUGGGAUGGACAGCGUGGGCGGGAGGGCACCCAAGCCAAGGCCCUAAGCACGGUGAAAUGAAACAGGAGGCCUUGAACGCCGUGCAACAGGAAGAAGGCGUUCACCGGUGUGGGGGGCGUGGUGUGGCGACCGGGGACCCGCG